ACCAGCUGCCACCGCCACCAUGCGCUGUCUCACCAGCCUUGCUCUCACCCUGCUCGCCCUGAAGGCCACCUUUGCUCUGGCCCCUGCCAGCAAUCUGCCAGGGCAGGUGGCUGUGUGCCCGGCCUUCAGCAGCGAGCUCAGCUCUUCUGAGGAGAAGCCCUGUGCCAAGCCUUGCCAGAGUGAUGAGAACUGUACACAAGGAGCCAAGUGCUGUGCCCGUGCCUGCGGCCUGACCUGUGUCGCCCCUCUGAUAGUUCCAGCACCCAAGGCCGGCCACUGCCCAGCAGUGCAGGCUGCCCAACCCACCCAGCCCUGCCUGGAGAGCACUGAGUGCACCCGGGAUGAGCACUGUAAGAACCACAAGAAGUGCUGCUUCAGCCACUGUGCCAUGAGGUGUCUGGAUCCCACAGCAGAGGAGCCCCUUCAGUGA